AUGUCUCUUGCCAAGAAGGACUAUGAGACGAUGCGAGAAACCGAGGGCAAAGGGAACGUGUGUCUGUCACGCGAACGCUUGUCGGUGGCGACGCUGCCACUGAGAAUGGAGCAAACGAGGGUUGGCGAGUACCGCCACACGGGACAAGAGGUUUCGAGCCUGCUGGUUCAGCACAAAGAAAGCACCGUAGCCAAUCAAGGCCUCGGGUCAACGGCCUUUCUCAACGCUGGAGGUAGGAGCUAG